AUGGACUCCUUCAACAAUGUUAAGCAGUGGUUGCAGGAAAUCGACCGAUACGCUACAGAAGGUGUUAACAAGCUCCUCGUCGGAAACAAGAGCGAUAUGUCUGAUAAGAAGGUCGUGGACUAUACUGUCGCAAAGGAAUUCGCAGAUAGCUUGGGAAUCCCAUUUUUGGAGACUUCUGCAAAGAACGCCACAAACGUCGAACAAGCCUUCUUGACCAUGGCCCGACAGAUCAAGGAACGCAUGGGAAGCGCCACCCAGAACAACAAGGCCACAGUCUCAGUCAAUCCUGGCCAGCCGGUCAACCAGCAAUCCAACGGGGGUUGCUGCUAA